AUGGUGAAGCUAGCGUCGGCCCGAGAAUCCCGCAUGUACGGGCCAAGACUGGCCCGAAACCGUUCGGAGUACAUGAACGCGGGCGUUUACGUGUUCGCCACGAUCCUGCUGAUGGGCGGCUUCGCGGCCCAGUUCUCGAGCGAGCCCAAAUCCGGCCUUGUCCUCCUCCUCAUGGGCUUUCUCAUCGUGAUGGCCGUGAACCUCCACGACCUUGCGGCCCACCUCGCCGGAAUAGAUUUCCGGCUGCCGUUGGUGGAGUUCGAUAUCCAGCUGGCGCUCGUAGAGUUUGCGGUGCCUCUGGUUUACAGUCUCGGGGCGCUUCUCUUUUUCUUGGCCACUCUUUUUAUUCUCGUUCAGGCAGGAAAAAAGCAAGAGCAUUUUAAAUUGGAGCGUGUUGCUUUGAGCAUGUUGAUCGCGGGUCCCGCUCUGUGGCUACUCGGGUCGAUCCACAACUCGUGCCAGGUGUACGAGAGGGCGGGCGGGCACGUCCAGGUCUUGCAGCAGAGUGUUCUUAUCCCGUUUCUAAUGUCGAGCCUCUUGUUUCUCGUGGGUUCGGUUCUCAACAGUCGAGAACAAGUCGGGCAUGGUCACCAUGGCUUGAAGUUGUUGGGCGAAACGUGGGUAUGGUUGGGAUUUUUCGGCAGCCUAAUACUUUUCAUCGGGGCAUUGGCGAAUGUAGUUAAAGUUUUCAAAAUGCAACAAAUGGACGGGCUAAGGCUAGAGAAACUCCGUGGUGGGGCCCAAGAGCGUCUCGUUCAGCUACGAGAAGGUCGUUCGCCAUUAAUUGCGGAGGAAGAUAGAAUAAUUAAGGGGAAGGAAGAAGAAAUAUGGCGGGCCCCGGCAGUGCAUGUGGUGGGCCGAUCAGGUGAGGGCGGGUCAAGGGAAGUACCGACACCUUACAGAGACGUGCUUGUUGGCCAGGCAUGA